CGUUGUUAGUAUUGUAUACUAUCCUGAACAACUCUUCCACUCCAAUAUUUUAAUUUUUCUCCCUCAGAUAGAAUAAUUCAUAUUUUCAAACAUGGCUCAGUACAAAGGAGCAGCUCAGGAGGCUCAACGUGCUAAAAAUAUCCUGAAAAGGCGUCAGAGAGAAGUUGAAGAAUUAGAAUUACGAAAAAAGAAAAUUGAAGAAGAAAACAAUGUAGGGAAUAUUAUAGAUAAAUUUGCUUCUCACUAUGAUGCUAUCGAACAAAGACUAAAAACAAAUACUGUCGGGCUAGUAACCCUUGAUGAGAUGCGUAAGAAGCAAGAAUGUGCAGUUAAAGAACGUGAAGCUCAAUUAGCUCAGGCUGCCGCUGAUGCCAGAUUAGCUGAAGAAAAAGCGGAAGAAGAAAAAGCAAUCAAAAAAAGAAAGAGGGAGGAGAAUAAAACAAAGCUUUCAUUCGACAUUUAUGAGGAUGAUGAUUACGGAGAAGACGACGAAAUAGAGGAGCCGGAGGAGAAAUUUGUUGAAGACAACACUGAUAAAGAAAUCGAUCCAAAGAAAAAGAGAUUUGGAAAAGACCCUACCGUUGAUACAAGUUUUCUGCCUGAUCGAGAUAGAGAAGAAGAGGAAAAUAGACUACGAGCUAAACUUAGAGAGGAAUGGGAAGAAAAACAACAAACAAUUAAGAAUGAACUUUUAAACAUCACUUAUUCUUAUUGGGAUGGCUCGGGACAUCGAAGAGAAAUAACCGUCAAGAAAGGAAUAACGAUCCAUCAUUUCCUACAAAAAUGCCUUGAAGUUUUAAGGUUGGAAUUCAAUGAAUUAAAAGCAGCCUCUGUCGACCAAUUGAUGUAUAUAAAGGAAGAUACUAUUAUACCUCAACAUUAUACUUUUUAUGACUUAAUAGUGACGAAAGCUAGAGGAAAGUCUGGUCCACUAUUUUGCUUUGAUGUUCACGAUGAUGUUCGUCUGGUACAUGAUGCUAAGGUGGAGAAAGAUGAAUCACACGCUGGUAAAGUUUGCCUACGAUCUUGGUAUGAGAGAAAUAAGCAUAUUUUCCCGGCAAGUAGAUGGGAACCUUAUGACCCCGAGAAAAAAGUGGAAAAGUACACGAUAUCCGACAAACUUCAAUAAAAAUAGAAAUCCAUUUGUAAAUUUAUAAAUAUACAUAUAUGUGUUCAGUUAAUAAACAUUUACUUUCA